AGUCCCUCCUUGUGUCCUCAUGUCUCUCCACCGCAGACAUGCUGUUUAUGUCCUCACAGAAAUGCUGCCAGAGUCCAUCAACAAGGUGCAGCCCACCCUCUUCUCCGGGCAGCUCGAGAAGACCAACUUCAACCGUAUCAUCGGCAACCUCAAGAGGUACAACUACUCGUCCUGGAUCCAAGGACACAUCUCUAAGAAGGAAUGCUGCUACUACAAGAGCAGUGACAGUCAGGACAGGUGCGAGUGUGGCCACAGCAAGAGCAGUCAUGGGGAAGAGGCCCUCAAACCUGCUGACCACACAGAAAGCUGGAGUCUGCACAAACAUGUCAGAGAGAGCAGAACGGACGCUUUCGGCAACAUCUGCUUUGGAGGGCUGGGACACAAGACUGCUAAGUACGUGCGUGUUUCCUCGGACACACAGCCCGAGCUGCUGUAUGAGCUCCUGACAGAACAAUGGAAGCUGGCCACUCCAAACCUGCUCAUCUCAGUCACAGGGGGAGCCAAAAACUUCUACCUGAGGGCCCGGCUCAAGAACAUGUUCCACAGGGGCCUCAUCAAGGUGGCCCAGACCACAGGAGCGUGGAUCCUGACAGGAGGCACUAACACCGGGGUGAUGAAACAUGUGGGGCAGGCAGUGAGGGACCAUGCGCUGAGCAGCUCCAUCGGCGGAGGACAGAUCGUGGCCAUCGGUGUGGCCACUUGGGGCAUCCUCCACAACAGACACACACUGGUCAACCCACAGGGUUGCUUCCCUGCUCAUUAUGACGCAGACGUGAAGGGUCAGGGCCAGUUGUGCUGCCUGGACCACAACCACACCCACUUCUUGCUGGUGGACAAUGGUACUCAUGGACAGUAUGGAGCUGAGAUUGAACUGAGGGCUCAGCUGGAGAAAUGCAUCGCCAGGAAAAGGCUCAGCAACAAAGCAAGUGGAGUGACCAUCCCUGUGGUGUGUGUGGUGUUGGAUGGAGGACCUGGAACUCUAGAUACCAUGUACAAUGCCAUGCUGAACGAUACUCCGUGUGUGGUACUGGAGGGUUCGGGCAGGAUAGCAGAUGUGGUGGCUCAUGUAGCAGACCUGCCUGUGAGCAGGGUCACAAUCAGCCUCAUCCAGCAGCUCAUGAAGAGGUUCUUUGGACAGGAGUAUGAGGACUUCUCAGACGCCAAGAUCAUCGAGUGGACAAAGAAGAUCCAGGACAUCAUCAGAACUCCACAUCUGCUGACCGUUUUCCGGGCAACUGCAGACAGCGAUGGAGAUGUUGACGUGGCUAUUCUUCGGGCACUCCUCAAAGCGUCCAGGAGUGGACAGGGCAUAGUGAGUGUGGACUAUCAGAGGCAGCUUGAGCUGGCUGUGGCCUGGAACAGAGUGGACAUUGCCAACACCGAGAUAUUCACCGAUGAAAGCCAGUGGAAGUCGGAGCAGCUCCACAAUGCCAUGUUCUCAGCUCUGGUUGGAAACAAGCCUGAGUUUGUGAGUCUUCUGCUGGAGAAUGGGGUGAGCCUGCGGGACUUCCUACAGGAGGAGACCCUGUGUGAGCUCUACAGGCAGCUGCCCAACUGUCUGUUCCUGAGGAGGCUAGCCAAACGCGCUAGCUCCUCCCAGCGCACCAGAAGACCGCACUUUGGAAUGCGCCCGCGAGCCUUCUCCACCCAGAGCCAGACCAUCUCUUUGACCCACGUGUCCGAGGAGAUUCGCCGUCUGCUGGGGAGCUUCACCUGCCACAUCUAUUCCACCUCUGAUACUGUCUACCAGCUGGAUAUGUCCACAGCCUCAGAUUCACUCUCCAAAAGUCUUGGAUCUCAAAGCAGUUUCAAAGAGAAACCUCCUGAUCUACACAGAAACCCAGAGAGUGACCUGUUCCUGUGGGCCAUUCUUCACAACAAUAGAGCUCUGGCAGAAAUCACCUGGGAGGAGUGUCAGGACUGCAUGGCCGCUGCUCUGGCUGCCAGUAAGAUCUUGAAAAAACUGGCAGAAGAGGACAAAGAUGCAGAUGAGGCAGAAGAAAUGAAAGAGCUAGCCAAACUCUAUGAGAAGCGUGCCAUGGAUGUCUUCAGUGAGUGCUACUCCUGUGAUGAGGAGCGUGCUCAGAAACUGUUGGCGCGAGUGUCACCAUUUUGGGGUAGAACCACUUGUCUGAGGAUGGCACUGGAGGCUAACAACCAAAGCUUUGUGGCCCAGUCAGGUGUUCAGGCUCUGCUGACUCAGAUCUGGUGUGGAGAGCUGUCAGUGGAGAACCCAGUUUGGAGAGUCCUGCUGUGCCUCCUGUUCUUCCCUCUCAUCUACAUGCACUUCUUGGACUUUAGAAAAGAUGAACUGAUCCAGAGAGAGGCUGAGAGAAAAGAGGAGAUGAAAACCAUCGAGUCGGUCACAGGAAGUGUCUUGCACAUGAAAUCUGAAGGCCUUGAGUCAUCUCAGGACGUAGAGUUGAAACCCUUGGAUGGAUGGGCACGCCUGGUGUCUCUGUACACCUCUCCUCAGGUCAAGUUCUUCAUGAACAUUGUGUCCUAUUUUGCCUUCCUGACAUUGUUUGCUGUGGUGCUGAUGGUGGACUUCCAGACCACUCCUUCAGGCUUAGAGAUCCUGCUGUACAUCUGGCUCUUCUCCCUGGUCUGUGAAGAGAUCCGACAGCUGUUUCAUGAUCCUGACGGGUUUGGGUUUCGGAAAAAGGUCAAAAUGUACAUCAACGACGUGUGGAAUAUUUUAGACGUUUUGUCCAUCAUCCUUUUCAUCUUUGGCCUUGUGUUCAGGUUAAUUGAUGGCCUGUUUUAUGCUGGAAAAAUCCUUCUCUGCAUCGACUUCAUUGUGUUUUGUCUGCGUCUCAUGGCUAUCUUCACAAUCAGUCGAACUUUGGGACCAAAGAUCAUUAUUGUCAAAAGGAUGAUGAUGGACAUGUUCUUCUUCAUGUUCCUGUUAAGCAUCUGGGUAGUGGCCUAUGGAGUGGCCAAGCAGAGCAUCCUCAUCCACAACGAGGACCGGUUGGGCUGGAUCCUGAGAGGGGCGGUCUAUGAACCCUACCUCACCAUAUUUGGAGACAUGCCCAAAAACAUUGACAACACAGAUUUUGACAUAAACUUGUGCAGUAUGAAUGGCAGCGACCCGCUCAAACCCAAGUGCCCGAUGUUGAACGAGCAGGAGAUGCCUGCGUUCCCAGAGUGGCUCACCAUCCUCAUGCUCUGUGUGUACCUGCUCUUUGCUAACAUACUGCUGCUCAACCUGCUCAUAGCCAUAUUCAACUUUACCUUCCAGGAAGUGCAGGACAACACUGACCGUAUAUGGAAGUUCCAGAGGUAUGAGUUGAUAAAGGAGUACUACAGCCGGCCCGCAGCCCCACCCCCUCUCAUCCUCCUGAGUCAUCUGUACAUGUUCUUGAGGAGUGUGGUGCUGCGGAGAGCAUCCAACCCAUGGACCGACUUCAAACACAAGCUUUCUCAGACAGAGGAGGAGGAGCUUCUGUCCUGGGAGCAGCUCAUGAAGGACCGAUACCUGACGUCCAUGAAGCAGGAGCAGAUGCAGAGUACAGAGCGCAGGAUACUGGACACUGCACAAAAAGUGUCCACUCUCUGUGAGCAUGUGGACCGAGAGGAGGAGCCAAGCUCUGGCCUUGUGGUCAGGCGCCUGGCCCGGCUUGAGGAGCAGGCCAUGCAGUCUGCCCGCGCUCUGCAGUGGAUCAUGGACAAUCUGAAACUGGCAGAACUCAAACCAAAGGAUCCACCACCAUCACUGAAUCUGAUAUUAGUAGGGGAUGUCACUGACAGCAUAACAAACCCGAAGGAGAGAGAGGAGAGCUACCACGUGAAAGCGCGACGACUCCACUACCCUGACAGCAGAGUCACUCGCUUCCCUGUGCCUGAGGAAAAGGUGCCCUGGGAGGUCAGCUUCAGCUCCUACAACCCUCCAUAUUACUCCUCUCCGGACAGCAUGGAUGAGUCAGAGCCUGGAGCUCACAGUUAUAGUAACCCUGGAGGCAGGACUGGGCUAAGAGGCCGUGGGGUGCUCCCCCGGCUGGGCCCCAACUGCAGUCUCGACCUCAUCCUCACACGGUGGAGAGACAGAGCGUGUUCUGAGCUGGAAUUUCUGGCGCUCAGGGAUGAGCAUCAGAAAUCCCUGGUGUUACCCGGGGGAGAAGUCGACUCUGUGGACGAUCUUCCUCAGACUCUUGUGAAAACACUGGGGAAGAAAGUGUCUCAUAAGAUCAGUGAAGUACUCUCAGAGAAAGACAAGGUGUUUGAGCUGUAUGAGGGUUAUGUGGAUGACUCCAGGAACACAGACGACGCCUGGGUGGAGACCACAGUCCUGCACCUGCAUCUGGACAGAGACUGCCCCCUGCUGGCUGACAUCAACAGAACGGUGAUCCGGAACAAGCACUCCAUCCAGUCUUUGGAGUGGCAGGAGGUCAGUGGGAAGACCAGCCUCAGCUCAGACCAAAGAGACUUCCUGAAGAGAGUGGCCCAACUACACAGCAGCAAAUUCUGAGCCUGGCUCAUCCAUCAAGCCGUACACGGGGCCAAACCUGAGAAGAGUG